AUGAGUGGUAGUAUCAGAACGACGUAUACUGGUGGUUCUGUGAUUGUAAUAUCAACUCAAUAUGAUGAUGCUAAUUUAAAUUAUAUUGGUCUUGAUAGCAAAAUCGAAUGUUUUGUUAUUGGUCGUGGUUUUACUAUAGUCACAAUGAAUAAAAUUAAACUACAUGCGGAUAAUCGAGCUAACUUUUUUGAUGUUAAUGAUAAUGUUUCAGCUGCACAAGUUUAA